AGGACAAGAGGCUUGCGGCGCGGAGCAGCGCUUUUGCAGAGUGCGGGACGCAGCUGACGUGCGCCCACGAGUGGGAGAGCCGCGGGGCUGCAGGCCAUGGCGGCGACCUCGGUGGUGUCCGUGCGGCUGGUGGCGGCGGAGAGGAACCAAUGGCAGCGUUUCCCGAGCUUGCUGCCGCCGCCGAGGAGAUGGGCUUGGAAGCAAAGAACCAUGAAGUAUGCAACAACCACAGGAUGCAACAUUACCAAAGUCCUCAUUGCCAACAGAGGAGAAAUCGCCUGCAGGGUGAUGCGAACAGCUAAAAAAAUGGGUAUACAGUCCGUGGCUGUUUACAGUGAGGCUGACAGGAACUCCAUGCAUGUGGAUAUGGCAGAUGAAGCGCAUUUCAUUGGUCCUGCUCCCUCUCAGCAGAGCUACCUAUCGAUGGAGAAAAUCAUUCAAGUGGCCAAGAUCUCUGCUGCACAGGCUAUCCAUCCUGGGUACGGUUUUCUUUCAGAAAACAUGGAAUUUGCUGAACUAUGUAAGCAAGAAGGAAUUAUUUUUAUAGGUCCUCCCUCGUCUGCAAUUAGGGACAUGGGUAUAAAGAGUACAUCCAAAUCCAUAAUGGCUGCUGCUGGAGUGCCUGUUGUGGAAGGUUAUCACGGUGAGGACCAGACAGACCAGUGCCUCAGAGAGCAUGCUGGGAGGAUCGGCUACCCCGUCAUGAUCAAAGCCGUCCGUGGUGGAGGAGGAAAAGGUAUGAGGAUCGCUAGAUCGGAAAAAGAAUUUCAAGAACAGUUGGAAUCAGCCCGGAGGGAAGCGAAGAAGUCUUUCAAUGAUGACGCUAUGCUGAUUGAGAAGUUUGUGGACACUCCAAGGCAUGUAGAAGUCCAGGUGUUUGGUGAUCACCAUGGCAAUGCUGUGUACUUGUUUGAGAGAGACUGUAGUGUCCAGAGGAGGCAUCAGAAGAUCAUUGAGGAAGCCCCAGGGCCUGGUAUUAAACCUGAAGUAAGAAAAAGGCUUGGGGAAGCUGCAGUCCGAGCUGCUAAAGCUGUAAAUUAUGUCGGAGCAGGAACUGUGGAGUUUAUUAUGGACUCAAAGCACGAUUUCUACUUCAUGGAGAUGAAUACAAGGCUGCAAGUGGAACAUCCUGUUACUGAGAUGAUCACAGGAACUGACUUGGUGGAGUGGCAGAUUAAGGUUGCAGCAGGAGAGAAGAUUCCUUUGAGCCAGGAAGAAAUAACUCUCCGGGGCCACGCGUUUGAAGCUAGAAUAUACGCAGAAGACCCUCACAAUAACUUCAUGCCGGGGGCCGGACCACUGGUGCAUCUCGCCACCCCUCCCGCGGACCUUUCCACGAGGAUUGAAACCGGGGUGCGGCAAGGGGAUGAAGUGUCAGUGCAUUAUGACCCCAUGAUUGCAAAGCUGGUCGUGUGGGCUGCAGAUCGCCAGGCGGCCUUGACCAAGCUGAGGUACAGCCUUCGUCAGUACCACAUUGUCGGACUGCACACCAACAUUGACUUCCUCCUCAGGCUGGCUGGCCACCCGGAGUUCAAAGCUGGGAACGUGCACACUGACUUCAUCCCUCAGCACCGGGAAGAACUGCUGCCCAGUCGGAAGGCCACAGCCAAAGAGUUUUUAUGCCAGGCAGCUCUGGGCCUCAUCCUCAAGGAGAAAGCCAUGUCAGAUGCUUUCCAAAUUCAGACACAAGAUCAAUAUUCUCCUUUUGCAUCCAGCAGUGGAAGAAGACUGAAUAUUUCUUUCACCAGAAACAUGACUCUUAGGGAUGGUGAAAACAAUGUAGCCAUCGCUGUAACAUACAACCAGGAUGGGUCAUAUAGCAUGCAGAUUGGAGAUAAAACUUUCCAAGUCCUUGGUGAUCUUCAUAGUGAGGGAGACUGUACUUACUUGAAAUGUUCUAUAAAUGGAGUUUCUAGUAAAACUAAGUUAAUUAUCCUGGAAAACACAAUUUACCUAUUUUCUGUGGAAGGAACUGUUCAGUUUGACAUUCCAGUCCCCAAAUACUUGUCAGUGAGCUCAGAAGGAACUCAGGGAGGAGCAAUAGCGCCCAUGACUGGAACCAUUGAGAAGGUGUUCGUAAAAGCUGGAGACAAGGUCAAAGCUGGAGAUUCUCUAAUGGUCAUGAUCGCCAUGAAGAUGGAACACACCAUAAAGGCUCCCAAGGACGGCACGAUCAAGAGAGUGCUCUACAAAGAAGGCGCUCAGGCCAACAGACAAGCUCCUCUAGUCGAGUUUGAGUGAGAGGAAUCCGACGGAAGGGAAGCAGAACACACUCCCAUCAAAGAGAUGGCCGGCGAAACAUUAUCUUAAGUACAGUAUCUCUACACCAAAAAGAGCAAGUGCCUUCCUGCUUUUCUCGGGGUUUUAUUAAAUGAUUCUAUGAUUAUGUUAAAGCCCUUUCGUAUUUGAGAAUCAUACACUUGGAUCACAAAUAAUAAAUUAUCUUAAAAUAUUUCAUACUAAUAAAGUUGAAUUACACUUUUUUA